AUGGCGGUGUUUCACGACGAGGUGGAGAUCGAGGACUUCCAAUAUGACGAGGACUCGGAGUCGUAUUUCUACCCCUGCCCGUGUGGUGAUAACUUUUGUAUUACCAAGGAGGAUUUGGAGAAUGGAGAAGACAUAGCAACGUGUCCUAGCUGCUCUCUCAUUAUAAAAGUGAUUUAUGAUAAAGAUCAGUUUAUGUGUGGAGAAACAAUCCCAGCCCCUUCUACCAACAAAGAAUUAGUUAAAUGCUGA